AUGCAGAGGCUUACGCAAAUCGGGAACCAUCUUUCCUCGGGAUCUGCCAAGAACCCGACACCUCCCAAGAGCGACGAUGAUGUCGUCAUUGUUGGGGCGUACCGUACCGCGUUGACGAAGGCCGGUCGGGGGUCGUUCAAGGACAUCAACUCAGACGAGAUCCUCUACAAGCUUCUUGUGGAGUUCUUCAAGAAGGUGCACAUUGACCCUGCCAUCAUUGGUGACGUGGCAGUAGGCAAUGUGUUGAACCCGGGGGCCGGGGUGAACGAGCACCGAGCUGCGGCCAUUGCUUCGGGGAUCCCUGCCAGCGUUCCGUUCAUUGCACUCAACAGGCAGUGCUCCUCGGGACUCAUGGCAGUGAACGACAUUGCAAACAAGAUCCUUACGGGCCAGAUCGAGUGUGGUUUGGCGUGCGGGGCGGAGAGCAUGUCGAAGAACUAUGGGCCGCAGGCUGCGCCAAAAAUCUCCCGCAUUGUCCAGCAGGCUUCUUCUGAUGCUAAGAACUGCUUGUUACCCAUGGGCAAUACGAGUGAGAAUGUGAAUGAGCGUUUCCAUGUCGGCAGGCGGGAGCAGGACGAGUUUGCUGCGCGGUCCUACCAGAAGGCCGAGAACGCGGUCUCCUCGGGCGCCUUCCAGGACGAAAUCUUGCCGAUAGAGGUAGAAAUCGAGGCGGAGGACGACGAUGGGGAGGGAGACGACGACAAGCCUCCUGCAAAGAAAACCAUAAUAGUUUCCCAGGACGAAGGACCCCGGAAGAACGUGACGGUAGAGUCGUUGCAGAAGAUCCGGCCGGCGUUCAAGAAGGACGGCGCGUCGCAUGCGGGCAACUCCUCGCAGGUGUCAGACGGCGCUGCUGCCAUUUUGUUGAUGAGCAGACGCCUUGCCAAGAAGACGGGUGCGCACAUUCUUGGCAGAUACAUUGCCACUGCCAACGUGGGCGUGCCACCGGAUGUGAUGGGAAUUGGUCCGGCAGUGGCAAUACCACGGUUGCUUGAGAACUGCGGGGUGUCUGUCGACGAAGUGGCUGUUUUUGAAAUCAACGAAGCAUUUGCCGGCCAGGCGCUAUACUCGAUCCGCUCCAACAACAUCGACCUUGCCCGCGUGAACCCGAAAGGUGGUGCCAUCGCUCUCGGCCACCCGCUCGGCUGUACCGGGGCUAGACAGGUGUGCACCUUGUUGCGUGAACUCAAGGCCGGGGAGUACGGGGUAGUGAGUAUGUGCAUCGGAGGUGGUCAGGGGGCUGCCAGCUUGUUUCUUAAGGAGUGA